UUGAAUGUGAAACGAAGUGAAUGAGUGAGUGCAGCAUAUUAUAAAAAAAAAAUAUUUAUAAAGAAGAAAAAUCUAUACCAAAUAGGUAUUACAAAAUAAUAAAAAGAAUUCUUUUUUUUAUUGAACAAAAAAAAAAUUCGAAGUUUUUAAUUUAUUUUUAAGUCGCAACCCGAAAUCUCUCUCUAACAGAUACAUACAUAAAAGACAAGCAAGCAUCAUGUUAAGUCUAGCCCGCACAACUCAAGCCAGCGUCAAGCCUCAGGUGGCUGCUCUGAUCGGCAAACACACUCUAAAUCCUAAUAAUCUCAUGACAAAAUCUCGUAGUAUUAGUUCCGUUGUACCCGAUACAAAUCUAACAGAUUUUCCCACAUUCAAUGAGCCCAUACUCGAAUAUAAAAAGGGUUCAGCCGAACGCAAGGCUUUGGAAGCCGCUCUCAAGAAAACAGCCGCCACCUGUGAAGAUAUACCCAUUGUAAUUGGUGGCAAGGAAAUACGCACCGAUCAGGUGAGACAUCAGGUGAUGCCUCACAAUCAUAAACACAAAUUGGCCAAGUUCUAUUAUGCCGAUAGUAAUACGGUGAAGAGUGCCAUUAAGACCGCUGUCGAAACACAACCCAAAUGGGAUCGUACACCACUGAGUGAACGUUUGAAGAUUUGGGAGAAGGCCGCCGAUUUGAUGGCUGGCAAAUAUAGACAGGAUUUGAAUGCCGCCACCAUGUUGGGUCAAUCGAAAACAGUUAUUCAAGCCGAAAUCGAUGCCUCGGCUGAAUUAAUUGAUUUUAUCAGAUUAAAUGCGUUUUUCCUCAAAGAGUGUGCUAAAUAUCAACCCAUUAGUGAAAACAUCAAUGUAACCAAAAAUUCUAUGCGUUAUCGUGGUAUUGAUGGUUUUGUAGCCGCCGUUAGUCCCUUUAACUUUACCGCAAUUGGAGGCAAUUUGGCCUAUACACCCGCUUUAAUGGGCAAUGCUGUUGUGUGGAAACCCUCAGAUACUGCAGUAUUAUCGAACUGGCGUAUUUUCAAUAUUAUGCGUGAGGCUGGUGUACCCGAUGGUGUGGUUAAUUUUGUACCCGCUGAUGGUCCGGUAUUUGGUGAUACCAUUACCUCUUCUCCCCACUUGGCUGGUAUUAACUUCACCGGUUCAGUGCCCACUUUCAAUCGUUUGUGGAAACAAGUCGGCAACAAUAUCGAUAAAUAUACAAAUUUCCCACGUUUAAUUGGUGAAUGUGGUGGUAAAAAUUUCCAUUUCGUACAUCCUACCGCUGAUGCCGAUAGUGUAAUUACCUCUACCAUACGUUCAUCAUUUGAGUUUUGUGGCCAGAAAUGUUCAGCCUGCUCUCGCAUGUAUGUGCCCGAGUCCUUAUGGCCUAAGAUUAAGGAAGGUCUCAUCGCUGAAGCAGCUAAACUAAAGAUCGACGAUGUCCAAGACUUCUCAACAUUCACAUCAGCCGUUAUUGAUGAUAAAGCAUUUAAACGUAUUACUUCCUAUAUUGAACAUGCCAAAAAGAGUCCCAAUUUAGAAAUUAUUGCCGGCGGCACCUAUUCGGAUGCCAAGGGUUAUUUCAUUAAUCCCACAAUUGUCCAAACCACAGAUCCUAUGGAUAAAAUAAUGGUUGAGGAAAUCUUUGGCCCCGUAUUGACCGUUUACGUUUACAAAGAUGCUGACUUACAGAAGGCUAUGAAUUUGGUACCAAACUCAACGCAGUUUGCUUUGACAGGCGCUGUGUUCGGACAAGAUGAAUCAUUUUUGAAAAAAGCUUUAGAGGAAUUCAAAAUGGCAGCUGGUAACUUUUAUAUUAACGAUAAAUCAACUGGUUCAGUUGUGGGUCAACAACCUUUCGGCGGUGGUCGUAUGUCUGGAACCAACGACAAAGCUGGUGGCCCUCACUACAUUUUACGUUGGACUUCUCCCCAAGCGAUUAAGGAAACAUUUGUGCCCCUGCGUGAUAUUAACUAUCCCUAUAUGAAAGAAUAAACUAUAUAAAAUAUUAACAAACUAAAAAAAACAACUAUUAAAUUAAAUACAAAAGUAAUCUCAACAAUAAUUAUUGUAACGUUUGUUAUAUACAUAUUU